CUAAGAACUGAAUAGUCAGUUUUCAGUGUUAGGCCUUGUCUACACUAUGGGUGGAGAUCGAUCUAAGUUACGCAACUUCAGCUACAUGAAUAACGUAGCUGAAGUCGACAUUCUUAGAUCUACUACUACACUACGCUGUGUCGACAGGAGACACUUUCCCGUCGACUCCCCUUGUGCUUCUCAUUCAGGUGGAAUACAGGAGUCAACGGGAGAGAGAUCUGUGGUUGAUUUAGUGGGUCUUUACUAGACCUGCUAAAUCGACCACCGAUGCAUCGAUCACCGUGAGUCGAUCCCCCAGUAAGUGUAGAAAGCCCUUAGUGUUUCUACUCUUUUGGUGUUUUCAAUUAACCUAGAGACAGUGGGUACCAGCUAGUUUCACAAAAACAAAACGUAGUAAAACAAUGGUCUGAAUCCUUAAGUAGGUAUGGUUCUCUAUCCAAGUUUAUAACUUUUCUUAACCUUUGCCUUACUUUAAGAUGACAAAUAUUUUUAAAUAAUGGUAGGCAACAGGUUUUCUUGCCAUCCUUUUGGUCAUUUUGUGGAAAAAUCCCUAGAUUGGAUCUCCUUUUUGUUUCUCUCUACAAAUCUGAGGAAUGUUUCUACUUCUUCUGUGUUUAAAACUCCUGUUUUGCGUGUGAGUGUUAUACAGAUGGGUAUGAAAGAUCUUUUACUUUUCUUUUUUAUCAAGGCAACAUGCUUGUUGUCCUCAUAAAGGCACAAGCAAAUCCACUUAAUUUUCAUUUACUUAUUGAAGGAGUUAACUAAAUAUUGAAGUAUGGCUGCAUCUUAUUUUAAGUUGGGAAGAGAGACUAGUGUCUUAUAAUGAAAGACAAACUUUGUUUUAGUGUUUCUCCUUUUUGUCUCCUGUUUCUAAAAGUAGAAGCAUUUAACUGAAGGAGGAGUUGUAGAAGUGCUGAGAACUGUAGUUUCUUCAUUUCAGCUUCAUCAGAUGGAAUCUAUCAGCUAUUUCCUGACACUAGACUAGCUGGAGUCUAAAGACAGCCAAUCUGUGGUUAAUUUGAGGAGUCACAGGUGCCGCCAUAAUUAAUCAGCAGGAACUGAGGCAGUCAGGUGGGAAAAAUCUGUGCAUGCAAGAGUGUCCCAAUGAGUUCCUAAAUGCUUCAUUCUUUGCACAUCUGUAUGUAUGUCUGUACAGUUCUUUACUAACAGCCCUCAAUAUAAGGCCUACCUACUUCUCAGAGGAAAUGGCUCUUGAAGUUAAAUGAGGCUGGAUAAAAUAUAUACAUGAAGCAGAGGCUGCUCUACAUGUGUUAAGGCUAAAAUACCAGAAGAGUUUUUGAUCAGCCAGACUUGGUAACUUGUCAUAAUGAAGAAAAUUAGUCUCAAAACAAUUCGCAAGUCCUUUAACUUAAAUAAAAGCAAAGAAGAAAGUGACUUUGUAGUGGUUCAGCAGCCAUCAUUAAGUGAAUUUGGAAAAGAUGACUCCUUGUUUGGCAGCUGCUAUGGUAAAGAUUUGGCUAGCUGUGAAGUUAACAGUGAAGAUGAAAAAGGUGGCAAAAAUAGAUCAAAAAGUGAAAGCUUAAUGGGUACUUUAAAAAGAAGACUUUCAGCAAAACAAAAGCAAAAAGGGAAAGGCAGCACGCCAUCUGUAAGCUCUGCUGAUGACGAUACCUUUUCUUCCUCAUCUGCUCCAAUAACCUUUAAAGAUGUGAGAGCUCAAAGACCUCUAAGAUCCACAUCUCUCCGUAACCACCAUUACAGUCCAACACCAUGGCCUCUUCGAUCGACAAACUCAGAAGAGACUUGUAUCAAAAUGGAAGUGAAAGUCAAGGCCUUGGUCCACUCCUCUAACCCAAGCCCAGCACUGAAUGGUGUUCGAAAGGACUUCCAUGACUUGCAGUCAGAUAGUGUGUUUCAAGAACAAAACAAUACAUUAAAAAGUACAGAAUCCCAGAAUGGGGACCUACAUCUUCAUAUUGAUGAACACGUGCCUGUAGUUAUUGGACUAAUGCCUCAGGACUACAUUCAGUAUACUGUGCCUUUAGAUGAGGGAAUGUAUCCUUUGGAAGGAUCACGUAGUUACUGUCUGGAUAGUUCCUCACCCAUGGAAGUUUCAACUGUUUCUUCUCAAGUGGGCGGAAAUGCUUUUCAUGAAGAUGAGGGUCAGGUGGAUCAAGAUGUAGUUGUUGCUCCAGAUAUCUUUGUGGACCAGCCAGUGAAUGGUUUGUUGAUUGGUACCACAGGUGUCAUGUUGCAAAGCCCAAGAGUUAAUCACAGUGAUGUCCCUCCACUUUCACCAUUGCUACCUCCAAUGCAGAAUAAUCAAAUCCAAAGGAACUUCAAUGGACUGAAUGGCACAGAUGCCCAUGUGGCUGAAAGUAUGCGCUGCCAUUUGAAUUUUGAUCCUAACUCUGCCCCAGGAGUUGGAAGAGUCUAUGACUCUGUACAAAAUAGUGGUCCUAUGGUUGUGACGAGCCUCACAGAGGAACUGAAAAAACUUGCAAAACAAGGAUGGUACUGGGGCCCUAUCACACGUUGGGAGGCAGAGGGAAAACUGGCGAAUGUGCCCGAUGGUUCAUUUCUUGUUCGAGAUAGCUCUGAUGACCGUUACCUUUUAAGCCUGAGUUUUCGCUCCCAUGGUAAAACUCUUCAUACUAGAAUUGAACAUUCAAACGGUAGGUUUAGCUUUUAUGAACAACCAGAUGUGGAGGGCCAUACUUCUAUUGUUGAUCUAAUUGAACAUUCAAUCAGGGACUCUGAAAAUGGAGCUUUUUGCUAUUCAAGGUCUCGAUUGCCUGGAUCUGCAACUUACCCAGUGAGACUGACAAACCCAGUAUCUCGGUUUAUGCAGGUGCGUUCCUUACAGUACCUGUGUCGUUUUGUUAUACGUCAGUAUACCAGAAUAGACCUGAUCCAGAAACUGCCUUUGCCAAACAAAAUGAAGGAUUAUUUACAAGAAAAGCACUACUGAAAGCUUAUGGGAAUCUUGCAUCUUGCACUUUGGGAACAAAAAAAAAGAUUGAAAUACAGUUUACAAAUUUUCAUUGCUAUAAAAAUCUUUUGCUGCCAUAACAAUGUUUCAUUUUUUUGUGUAAAGAAGGGUAAUGCAUCUUUUUUGUUUGUUUAUGUUUGGUGUUUUUUGUUUGUUUGAGGGGGCUUUCUUUUUUUUUAAAAAAAGAAUGAUCUCAAGGUUUUUAGAAGUGUGAAAUAGCUAUCUUUCAUCAAUGUGCAGAAAAUAAUCUCAAUGUGAAUGAUCAAAUUCUCCUUAAUUUCCCCAAGUUCUUUGCUGCUAUCCACUGUGAUUUUUAUGCAUUCAGAGUGCAUUUCAUGUGUAUUCAACAAUAAGUAAAAGUGAAAUGAAACUUGUAGAAUGGAAUUUUUGUCUUCUUAAAAUGGCCUAUUUUAUCAAGAUAAUUGUGGACAAAACAUACAUGUAGAUAAAUUACAGAAUUUAGGUAUACAGUGAAAAUGAUUUCCCAGCAUCCUAAAUGAACAUCUCCAUAGAACUGCCCUAAUUUCAAACUUAUUAAUUGAUGUAGCUGUGUGAUGGAAUAUAGUUAUGCAGCAUAUAUUUGGAAACCUCCUUUCUCCUAAAUGAUUUCAUAGUUUGUACACGCUAUUUUGCCUUUGAGAAAUUGGGUUGAAUUUUCUUUUUAUUGGAAUUUCCUUAUAAUUUUUUCUUCUCCUUUUAAAAACAGCCUUUAAAAACAGUUUUGAAAAACAGAGCAUCAAUAUGGAAAUUGUAGUAUUUAAGAUAAGUGCUAAACAUGGAUUACUAAUGGCACUGUUGAAAAAAAAUCUACAAAUCUCCCUAAUUGUAGGAACUAUCAAUUAAAGUGAUAAUGUGACAAGACUUCUUAAAGCCAAUUUCUACACUACAGUUGGUUUUGGUUUGUCCCCCCUCUUCUCUUUCUCUCUUGCAUUUUGAUAGCUAGCUAGGAUUUGAUUCUGGGAUUUUUUGGGGGAAUGGGGGAGGGCUUAAACAAAUUAUCCCCAAGGCUGCAUUUUUUUUAACCUUUGUAUAUUUGAAAUUAGAAGGAGAAGGGGUUUUGGUUUAAUACAGUGGCCACAGAAAAAUGCUUUGUUACUAACAGUCCCAGGCGCUGUCAUGAAAAUUGACUGAUUUGACAUAAAGGUAUCAUAUCAAUUUAGUAAAUAUUUCUAACAUCUGACAAGGAUAGUGGCAUUUGAAAAGUCUAUGGGGAGCCUGACUUUCUAAAAGAGAUUUCUGAAUUGGGAGACUGGGCCCUAGAUUGCAGAGUUUUCUUUGUGCAAUAUUCAUCAUAUUGGUGUUUCCCUUUAUAGCUAUAUUACAUUUGUGUUUUCAAUUUUAAAAGUGACCAUGACUAACGUUGGUUUUUUGUUUUGUUUUUAAAUCAAUGUUAUAUUUUUAGCAUGUCACCUUCUCCAUCAGCAGUUGGCAGGAGUUUCUAUUUAGUAAAGACCAACAUAGAAAAAGGCUGGGAUAAAUCCUUUUUGGAUCAUUUUCUUCUGCUUAUUAUAGCUAGCUUUUUUGCCCCUGAAAUGAGUUUGUAGCAUUGGAUACACUAUUGCCGCCAAGUGCUACAGUAGCACUACAUCUUGGGUUGCCUGAAUUGAUAUGCUAAAUUUAUAUAUAUUUUUUUUAAUUUAUUUUUUGGACCACAGUAUUUUAAAAAAAAAAAUCAAAGGCAGAUAAAGCCUGUCUGUUCUGAGGGAUAGAGGAUAAUGAUUUCUUCUUUUGUCCAAUAAUAUUUUUAAACUUAAAAAAAUAUUCUCAGAAAAGUAUAUAUGUUUAAUUUGUUGUCUCUGCCAUUCACAUAUAUUUAUGCAAGUUUGAAUCCAGAUUUUUCUCUUCUGGAGGUUUUUUUCUUCUUCUUUGAAUCAGGGCUACAAACUUUAUUAAAAAAGGCACAAUAAUCUUAUAGCAUGGUACAGUGUUCUGAUUCUAUCUGAGAGGAGGACAGAGGAAAUAAUUUUUAUGGAAUAUGAAACAUACUUGUUAGGAUGAAACCUCUCACAUUUUUUUCACUUUAAAAGUUUUUCCCCCAUGCAGUCCAGAGGGACUGUACAUUGUACAAAGUCUCUGGAAUGGUGUAGUACAUUAGGCAAUGAUAUAAAAUUAGUGAAAUAUAUCCCAGUGUUUAACAAACUGAAAGAUGCAUUUAAAAUAUGCUUUGUGCAUAAGUAUUUAAUGGACCUUGUAUAAGGGCUUAAACAUGUGAAACUCUAAUAUCCCAAUUUCAUUGCUCUGUUAAGAAAAUGUAUAUGAACUUGUGUGCCAAGUUUCUUUUCCAUGUCUUCAUUUAUUUGUUUGGUCACCUAUAAGAGUUGGUUACUUUCGAAAUAUUACUUUUGGUUAAAAUCAUCCAGUCCAUUUUGAGUUGCCUUCCUUGCUGUGUACUUUAAUUGUAAACUUAGUAAAAGGUCCAGUUCUAAUUGCCACUUUUGGAUGAGCUUUCCAUAGGUUUGAUUAAAAGGACCCUGACAAGUAAUUUAGACCUAAGAGAUGACCUGCCUAGACUUUUUUUUGUAAUCUGAUGCUGUAAUGUUCUAAAUUUCAAAUAUUUUGAAAUCCACCAUUCUGUAAAGACAUAUUUUUUUAAAAGCUGAUAGAUUCAGAAUCUCUCUCUUUUUGUUACUGAAGCAGUCUUCCAGCCAAUAGUAGGAGCACAAGUUAAGAAACCCUGUUUUGAAAACAUUGACUUAUAGUUGCUUAUUAUAGCGAUUACUGUGACAGCCACAGUAACGUUGUUUAGUUACAAGGCAACUGAAAAUUAUUAAAAGGCAGCAACUGUAAUCAGGAAAGACUGUGUUGGUUUGUGCUCCAUAACAAAUAGAGGAACAAAAUCUGUGUUUGCCAAAUGGAAGAAAACAAAAAUGGUAGGUUGAGGAAAAAGUUAUUUUCAGGCCUUUAAAAGAAGAUAAAGAUUAAAUAAAAAUAAAAAUGACUUGACUCUGUUCCUUUAAAGUAAAACAGUGUUUAUUUUAGUCAGCACAACAGUCAGACUUGCAACUGAAUUGUUGCAAAAUGUAUUUGAAGAUGAAACUUUGAAAUAAAAUUUAUUUCUGAAGCUACAAGAUGAUGAAGUUAUUGGUGACACUGACUGCUUUACUAAUUAGAAGAAUAAAACUACAGCUUGUAUUUCGAUAUUAUGUCAAAGGUUUUUUUCUGAUUCUUACAACAGUGUUAAUUGAAGCUAAUUAAAUAGCAAAAUUGAAGUUUCUUUAUAUUCUUUGGUCAGGUUGCAGGUCCCUUAUGCUGCUGCUGACAUAAAUUAAUACCAUCCUUUUUAUCAAGAUGGUUUCCACCAUUAGUAGCCUUGGAAAUACUAUUCUUAAUUAGAAAUUUUAUUUUCAAAUAUAUACAUUUCAUAGUCUGAUCAUGCUAAGAGGUGCUUUUAUAUGAACAUUGACUGCUGGGCUAAUGAAAAUAUGAGAAGUUUUUCUUCUCUGCAUUUCAUACUGUGUGAAUUCUGGCUAUGUAAAUUAAAUCAUAAUACCAGCAAUAUAUUGCCUGUAAUUCCAGUAAGGAAUGGUUCUCAGUUACAUAACUUUUAAAUUCUAAGCUAAAUGAUGGGUACAAUAUUGAUUGCCAAUCUUAUUUCUUUUAAUACUUUUUAAAAUUCUACAGAGAAAAAUAUUAAAAACAUUCUUUAUUAAUAGACAUGGGAUAGUUAAUAGCUCAUAACAUCACAAACUAUUAUGGAGUUUGCUGUAUCUGGAAAGUGUUCUAAACCCUAAACACGGAUAAUGAAAAAAAUUCUUACAGAAUUUUGUAUUAAUACAUGUUGGGUUAAAGAAUUUUAUAGUGGUGAUGGAGUGCCAUGAAAUUAAUACUUGCAAUCCAGAUUGCUGUAGUUUACAUUUUUCUGUAUGUUUCAAGCUAGGUGUGCGUUAUUUGUACUAAGCACACCAAAGAAUGAAUUAUCCAAAGUCCAUUGAUUUUAAUGUGUUUUGGUUUGUAAACAAAAUUAUAGUAAUUUCUUGCACAUUUUUGAAAAAUAAUUGUAUAAGGAUUUAUGUAUCUGCUUCUAGAUACAGUGUGUAAAUAAAAAUUUCAUUCACAAGA